CAUAUUCAUUAUAUUUUAAAAUUAAUUAGUUAUCAGUCAUUGUUGUAUUGCAAAAAUAAAUGACAAGUUUAGCAAAGUUUGUAUCACUGAUUGUGGUGUUAGUCGUCGUCAACAUUGGUCUAUCACUGUGUGGUAACCGACGAUAUGUUUACAGCAAUGAAGAGAUUGAAUUGACUAAACAAGUAGUCAUUGAUCCAAAACAUUGCAAUACAGGACACGACCUGAUUAUUGUUAUCUCAAGCGGAACAUCGGGUAAUUUCAAUGAAUAUAGACAACAAUUAAGGUCGGGUUGGAUCGGAACUGCCAAAAGUCAUAACAUUGGUGUCUGGUUUGCACUGGCAGUCAGUGAUAACAAAACGGUUAAUGAAAAAAUUAAGAAAGAGUCGGACACUUAUCACGAUAUCAUUCAGUUUAAUAUUAUCGAUGACUACUAUAACCUAACUUUGAGAGGGAUUGCAAUACAACGAUGGGUACAAAAGUAUUGUCAAUCAGUAAAAUAUUUUCUGAAAGCCGAUGACUUGGUUUUCGUCGAUGUCGACCAUUUGUUAAAAGUAUUGCCGAACUUUAAAACAGGUAUUAAUGGCAUUACGGUUGAUGAUCGUACGGUCAAUAGACAACCGACCUAUAGAUGGCACGUUCCCAUUGAGUACUAUUCACUGGAUAAAUACCCUGAAUAUCAUUACGGUUCGGCAAUUAUUGUGGACAAUGUAACCCGCAAUCAAUUACUAACCAAACUGGACGAGUAUAGAGUCAUACCGGGAAACAAUGUUCUGGAUGUUAAAGAUGUUUCUCUGUGGGGUAUUAUCGCCAAUUGGGCGGGUAUUCCACGCCAUAAUAGUUCUCACUUUGCAUACGACGACUGUCUUUGUAUACCCCGUUUGCAUACCGUUCCCAUACAUUAUGAUUGCCGACAGCGAACUGAUACGUGGCGUGACUUUUUGGAUAAGUCGAAGAAUACUAACGCCUACUGUAAUCACAAAAAUGUUUCCAGUGUUGGCGGUUAUUGGAUAUAACU